AUGGGUUCUGUUAUUAAGAAUAUUGGCAAGGUGGAGUCUCCUCUCAGUAUCUUCUUGGAGGCAUUGAACUGCACAGCUAUCCGUGUCCAGUGGAAAGUGCCAAGGCAUCCUGGGAGUCCCAUUGCUGGGUACACUGUAUUCUACUCGGAGGUUGGUGCAGAUAAAUCUCUGCAGGAGCAGUCGCAUGCUGUGCCACCCAGCCAGGACACUCUGACCAUGGAGGAUGUGAUUGGAGAUUUGAAACCAGGCACUGAAUAUCGUGUGAGCAUGACAGCGUACACCCAGACUGGCAAAGGGCAGCUUAGCUCUCUUCACCAUGUUACCACUUUGCCCCAAGAUUCCUGCCUACCUCCUACAGCACCACAACAACCACAUGUCACUGUGGUUUCUGAUUCUGAGGUCGCACUGUCUUGGAAACCUGGAGAAAGCGAAGGAAGCUCCCUGAUUCAGUACUACUCUGUGGAAUUCAUCAGACCAGAUUUCGACCAGAGUUGGACCUUGAUCAAAGAACAGAUCCCAAUGGAUUCCAUGGUUAUCAAGGGCCUCGUUCCAGAUACCAACUACCAGUUUGCUGUGAAGGCCAUAAAUCCCUAUGGUUCAAGUCCCGCCAGCCAGCCUAGCCACACCAUCCGAACCAUGAGCACCGAAGGGUCGGGAAGUGGCUUCUAUGGACCCCGUUACAUCACCGACAUGGGUAUCAGUGAUGAUGAAGAUGGAUUUGAAGAGGACUUAGAUCUGGAUGUUUCCUUUGAAGAGGUUAAACCACUUUCUGCUACCAAAGAAGGGAAUGAGAAAAUUCUGGUGGAAACCAAUAUGACCUCUAUAUCUACUCCAAAGACCACAUCGAGGCUUGUUGCCCCGACCUCAGCAUCUCUCCCUCAGACUCCAGUGACUCCCCAUGCCAUCCCAGUACACAGUAAGGGGAAGGGAGGCAUGGCUACAAUGCCGAGGCUCUUUGACAUGUCUUGUGAUGAAGUCAUCUGCCCUGCUGACAGCUUCUGUAUCAAUAACUACACCUCAGGCGGCUCACGAUGCCACUGCAGCUUGGGCAAAGGUGGUGAGAGCUGCUCAGAAGAUAUUGCUAUACAGUAUCCUCAGUUCUUUGGCCAUUCCUAUGCAACCUUUGAACCUCUGAAGAACUCCUAUAAGGCAUUUCAAAUUGCUCUUGAAUUUAGGGCAGAGGCGGAGAAUGGCUUACUGCUCUACUGUGGGGAGAGUGAGCACGGAACGGGGGAUUUCAUGUCGCUGGCCAUCAUCAGGCGUGCACUCCAGUUCAGGUUUAACUGUGGAACUGGGGUGGCCAUCCUCACAAGUAAGACCAAAAUCAAACUGGGGAGCUGGCACACAGUCACACUCUACAGAGAUGGAUUGAACGGAAUGCUGCAGCUGAACAAUGGUACCCCAGUGACGGGGCAAUCCCAGGGCCAGUACAGUAAAAUUACCUUCCGGACGCCUCUGUAUCUUGGUGGGGUGCCCAGUGCUCACUGGUUGGUCAGAGCAACAGGAACAAACCAAGGCUUUCAAGGCUGUGUACAGUCGCUCACAGUUAACGGGAUGACAAUCGAUAUGAGGCCCUGGCCCCUGGGGAAGGUGACGAGCGGGGCUGAUGUGGGGGAGUGCAGCAGUGGCGUCUGUGAUAAGGCCUCGUGCAUCAACAGUGGUACCUGCUUGGCCUCCAAAGCGGACUCCUACCUUUGCCUCUGUCCCCUCGGAUUCAAGGGUCGACACUGUGAAGAAGCUUUCACCCUGGCCAUUCCUCAAUUCAGAGAGUCCCUGAGAUCCUACGCAGCAACACCCUGGCCGCUGGAACCUCAGCAUUAUCUCUCCUUUAUGGAAUUUGAGAUCACAUUCAGGCCAGACUCCGGAGAUGGCGCCCUGAUCUAUAGUUACGACACGGACAGCAAAGACUUCCUAUCUGUCAACAUGGUGGGGAGCCACGUGGAGUUCCGCUUUGACUGUGGCUCUGGAACUGGAGUUCUCAGGAGUGAAGAUCCCGUAACCCUGGGCCAUUGGCAUGAACUUCGAGUCUCUCGCACAGCCAAGAAUGGAAUCUUGCAGGUGGAUAAGCAGAAGGUGGUGAGGGGAACAGCAACGGGAGGCUUCACGCAGAUUAAGUGCAACACAGACAUAUUUAUUGGUGGAGUCCCUGAUUAUGAUGAUGUGAAGACGAACUCAGGCAUCCUCAGAUCAUUUACUGGGAGCAUCCAGAAGAUCAUCCUGAACGACCGGACCAUCCACAUGAAGCAUGACUUCACGUCCGGUGUGAAUGUGGAGAAUGCGAUCCACCCCUGCGUGUGGACCCACUGUGACCACGGGGGCAGCUGCCGGCCCAGGAUGGAGGGCUAUGAAUGUGACUGCCCCUUGGGCUUCGAGGGGCUGCACUGCCAGAAAGACUGUGGGAACUACUGCCUCAAUACUAUUACAGAAGCCAUUGAGAUCCCACAGUUUACGGGCCGAAGUUACCUGACAUAUGACAACCCAGAUAUCCUCAAAAGGGUAUCAGGAUCAAGAUCAAAUGCUUUCAUGAGGUUUAAGACAACUGCCAAGAAUGGCCUGCUGAUGUGGAGGGGAGACAGUCCUAUGAGACCCAACAGUGACUUCAUUUCUCUGGGCCUUCGUGAUGGAGCCCUUGUGCUCAGCUAUAACCUGGGCAGUGGUGUGGCAUCCAUCAUGGUGAACGGCUCCUUCAGCGAUGGUCGGUGGCACCGAGUCAAGGCUGUUAGGGAUGGCCAGUCAGGAAAGAUAACUGUGGACGACUAUGGGGCCAGAACAGGCAAGUCACCUGGCAUAAUGAGGCAGCUCAACAUCAAUGGAGACCUGUAUGUGGGUGGAAUGAAGGAAAUUGCUCUGCACACUAACAGACAAUACACAAGAGGGCUGGUGGGCUGCAUUUCUCAUUUCACCCUGUCCACUGAUUAUCACAUUUCCCUUGUGGAAGAUGCCAUGGAUGGGAAAAACAUCAACACAUGUGGAUCCAAGUAA